GUAAUAUCUCAUAUCUCAUAUCCCAUAACUAAGUGAGGUAAAGAAUUAACAGUGACUCUGGGCUCAGGGCAGUGUACACUAUAAACACAGACGCAAAGACUGACAGAACAAAGACUAUCCUGUCGUAAAAGGUGAUUGCCUUCAUAUCUAUCUCCUAACACUGUUGUAUAAAUGUGGAACAGCUAUCAUGGACAAAGAGAGGAGUCCAUAGACCCGGCCUCGGGUGAGGAAACAACAAAGUCAAUGAAUGGCAUGGGAGGAUCCCAACAACAAAGGAUGAAAGGAUAUGUGUUUACACCCUCAAGGUGUCAGAACAGGUUUCAGACCUUGGGAACAAAUGUCAGAUAUGGAAGUGACUGUCUGUGCAACACUGCCACCCACAGGACAUCUUAAACAUCAUUAGUUGAUCUACACUGCCACCUACAGGACACUACUAACUUGGAGGUUUCCAUGGCUCAUCAUAUGACAUCGACUUGAUUGGCUGGGACUGUCUUUUGGGUGUGGCUAUCCUGGGAAAAGUGUAGUAUGCUUGUUUGAAUGGUCUUCCUUAUGUGUAUAUAAAGAGCAUUGUAAAUCCCUUGUUAGUUAGUCACUUUCCACUCCCUUCCAUUGCAUCCUUCCCUAUCCCUUUCUACCUCCCUCCAUGUUAGUUAGUUCCCUUUUUAUGUAAUACCUUUUAGUUCCUUUGUAAAUAAAUACCACUUAUUUAAAGAUCAGUCUGUCUCAAGUCAUUAGCCUGGCACCUCAAAAUAGAGCAGAUCCAACAUAUUGGCACCCCAGAUUUGAGGAUUUCAACUAAACCCAUCAUCCUAAGGAAAAGGAAUCUGCUUGGCUGAGAAGAUUUGAGAAGCCUGAGACUGACGCGUUAAAGGUCUGACCAGAAAAGAAAGCCUGGAGCCUAACACAGUGGAAAGAAGUUAAGGAACACUUUAAGUAAGGUAGUAAGGUCAGUUAUUGUGUAGAAACUAAGGUAUAGUUUGUUGUUGUUGUGAAGUUUAGUGUUUUGUUUGUGUAAGUAAUUGUUUGUAGUGUGUAUUGUUUGUUGUAAACAUGGAAUUUGUUGAAAGAUAUGUAAACAAAUAUGCUUCAGCUGAUUACAAUUCAUGUGCAGAUGAGUCUUUGACACAUCAGUUUAAAAGUCUACUGACACAGUGUCAAAGUUACAACAAUAAAGUAAAAUGUAAUCAUCUUGCAAAAAUGGUAAAGAAAAUUAAAAUGGCCAAUGAAAUAUUAGCAUUAUUAAAGAUGAAAGUUAUUGCUGAGAAUAAGGCAGAACAGUGGAGAAAUGAGAAGGUCCAGUUUAGAGAAGACUUGGAAAAGUUUGGUGAGUCACUUAUUGUAGCAGCUAGCACUUCAGAAGAGCAUAUUUCAGAAUUAGAAGAACUGAGGGAGAAGGUAGAACUGUUAGCUAAACAGAAUGAUUUGUUAGAAGAAAAGUUGAAGGAUUGUGAGGAGAUGUGCAGGCUCAGAGAACAAGAGGUGAUAUCUUUAGAAAGCAAGGCUGGAUAUGAACUAAAUGUCCCAGUAAGUGUCUGCCCUGUUACUGAGCAAGAGAUAAAAGAUGGAGAACAAGGUAUAAGACCACAAACAUUACCUAGUCCAUCUCUCUUUAGCCCCCAAUCAGAAUGUGCUAGACAACAGAUCAAUAAUACACAUGGGCCAACUGAUAAUAAUAUUCAUUCAAACUCAGCAGCACUGAAAAUACAAGAGGUUAUAAGUUUGACCCAGAUAUUGGGAACGUUUGACACUAAUUUAUCCCCUAUUAGCCUUUCCAAUAAAUUGGAAGCCGUGGUCAAACAAUAUAACCUUGGAAAUAAAGAUGCAUGUGCCUUGCUUAGAGCAUGGCUCCCAUAUCAGUUGGCUGCAGAACUUAGGCCUCCGGUGGGUAAGCACAUUGGGACAUUGUCCAAUAUCAAUGAAAAUUGGGGAAGUACCACUGAAAGGUUAAGAGAGUUGCAAAGGAUUUUGGGUGGGCGUGAUAUAAGAGGUACAAAUGCAUUGGAGAAUGCAAGGUAUAGGAAAGGAGAUGAUCCAAUGUUAUUUUGCACUGAUUAUCUCUCCCUAUAUAAAGUUGUAUUCAACUGCCCUGAUAUGUUGCCAGAUGAGCCCAAUUUCCUCUACUCAAUGGCAAAUAAAUGUAAUGUUGAUUACAACACAAGAACUGCCCUUAGGUAUGCCACCACAUACAACAACUUUAUAAAUACACUUAGGGAUUGGUCUCAGGAGUCUUUUGAAUUCCAGAGACAUAUUUCUGUUGCUUCUAAAAACAACCAAAGCAGGAGAUUUCCACGGAAAUGUUACAGUUGUGGUAAGUAUGGUCAUAUUGCUCGAUUUUGCAGAACUUCUGCCAAUCAGCAUGAUACUUACCCAAUCCAUUCAAUACAGAGACAAGAGGGGGAUGCACAGGAAAAUCUAAAUGAUUAUCUCCUAGACCAUAGCCCUCCCUCAGAGCCUGAAACUGUUGUCUCCUCUGAUAACAUAGACACAGGUUCCAAUAGUGCAGGAGAUCAAAAAGAGAGCCAAAAUGAGCCCAAAAGGGAAUUUCACACACCUCCCUGUAAAACAGGAAAAGAAGGGACAACUGCCCCACCCUUUAUGCCUUGGGUGAACAUUCCACUGUGGCUUUACAGCAGUUGGUCUCACAUUGCUAUGCAAAUGCUAAUGGCCAAUUUAGCACAGUUUGCCCAGGGUGUACCAAACACAAAUAUGCCUGUUUUCUAAUGACAAGGAAUGUGAUGGAAUUAAAACUAGAUAUGGCCAUGACCACUGUAUAAUGGAUAUGUACUAUGUUAUUUGUAAUGUUCUGUAUAUUAAUUAUAUGUAUGUUUCUUUUUCAGAGUACUAGUGGAAGAACGAUUGUCCAUUUAUCCUGUAAAAUGAAGAAGAUACUGUGAUUUUAAAAUUGAUUUUUGUUUCAACAGGUUGUAGAUUUGUUUUAAAACCACGUGGUACAAUCAAUGAGCUCAAUAGUAAAAUAAUUGUUUGCAAACAAUUUAAAAAAACAAUUAAAAAAAAAACAAUUUAAAAAACAAUAUUUAAACUCAAUAACAUCUCUUCACAAUACUGGUGUCCUUGGUAUAUUAUUAACUUUAUUGUCCACAGGUAUUUGUUUUUGUUCAUGUAUUUGUGUUGUUAAAUGUAAAUGUGUUUAUCUUUGUUUUACAUGUUGUCUCUGUUUAGUGUUUUGUGUUAGUUUGUAUACAGUAUUAGUAUCUUCAUUGUUUUAUCAAAACACUGCUAAAAAUAGCAAACCGUGUAAUUUUGAAUUUAUUUUUUUUCCAAUUUUUUUUUUUGCUCUCUACUUGCAUAAUGGUACCUACGUUUUUCGGUACCAAAUGGGGGGUGAUCAUAGUUUUUCUUUCCUAAAGCCCAUCAAAAGAUGCAGUAGAUACAUGAAAAUGUUUUUACAAUUUUUUUUUAUUGUUUUUUUGCAGCUUUCAUUUUAUAUCAUUUUAUAUUAUUUUUUUAACAGAAUGUACUGAACAGAUAAUAAUGCUAAGCAUAUGGUCCUGCUCUUGCUCUUUUAUUUCCAGGAUCCAUGAAACUACAUAGAAAACAAAAUGUGGGCCCUGGAUCAACUGAGUUUGGUUAUGUUUUGAAGGGCAAAUGUGUUUAGAACUUUUGAAUUUUAUUAAGACAGGUUUCAGAACAGCAUUACUCACACAUUGUUCAGGUUAAAUGGAAUACAUAGGGCACAACUUUCUUCUUAGAAUAAGUAUGUUUAUGUGUAUAUAUAUAUAUAUAGCAAUAUAAGUAUGUUAUUUAUGUUUUAGUUAAUGAUGUGUUUCGUUGGUUAUACAUAGUGCAUUUGCAUAUAAAGUUAGAAGGCAUUAUGCAGAUAAAAAUAACAUUAAUUUAAGAAUAUGCAGACUAGCAAACAAAUGUCUGUAUUAUACAGAGUUUAAUUUGGUGUUAUGCUACAUGGAAUGUACAUGUAUAUAUAAGGUGCAGUGUUUGGUGGUAUUGACAACCUAUGUUAUUGCCUUGUAUCUUAUCAUGUGUGAAUGAGAGUGAAUGGUGCAAUGUUGUCUGUUCCCUGCCCAAGGAUGUUACACCGAUAUAGCCACAAGUCCGAAGAGGUUCUUCCAAUGCUUUCAUGGUGUGUCCUUCAGACACAAAUGGGGGAAUGUAAUAUCUCAUAUCUCAUAUCCCAUAACUAAGUGAGGUAAAGAAUUAACAGUGACUCUGGGCUCAGGGCAGUGUACACUAUAAACACAGACGCAAAGACUGACAGAACAAAGACUAUCCUGUCGUAAAAGGUGAUUGCCUUCAUAUCUAUCUCCUAACACUGUUGUAUAAAUGUGGAACAGCUAUCAUGGACAAAGAGAGGAGUCCAUAGACCCGGCCUCGGGUGAGGAAACAACAAAGUCAAUGAAUGGCAUGGGAGGAUCCCAACAACAAAGGAUGAAAGGAUAUGUGUUUACACCCUCAAGGUGUCAGAACAGGUUUCAGACCUUGGGAACAAAUGUCAGAUAUGGAAGUGACUGUCUGUGCAACACUGCCACCCACAGGACAUCUUAAACAUCAUUAGUUGAUCUACACUGCCACCUACAGGACACUACUAACUUGGAGGUUUCCAUGGCUCAUCAUAUGACAUCGACUUGAUUGGCUGGGACUGUCUUUUGGGUGUGGCUAUCCUGGGAAAAGUGUAGUAUGCUUGUUUGAAUGGUCUUCCUUAUGUGUAUAUAAAGAGCAUUGUAAAUCC